AUAAUCAUUAAAACUCAAAAUUUUAAUUACUCAAAUUAUCCGAACUGGAUUUUUCGGACAACCCAAAACCCCCCACCUAGUGGCCAGCGUAAAACAAAAGCAGUAGACAUGCCGAAACAGCCUGCCCUUCCGUCGCCCCUGGCUUUCGUUCACUCACACAGUCACUCACGCCUCACUUCCUCGCUGCCCAAACCCCCGACCGCGGGGCUGCCCCCACCGAAAACCCCUCCGCCGACCACCACAAUGGCAGCCGGCGAGCAUGCUCUGGUCGAGGAGUCCACCGUCCCUGUCGUCUCCGACGUCGCUGACGCCGCCGCCAAACCCUACGUCCGGCCGGCCCUUUUCCUGCGCCCCCGCGCGGGGGACGGCGCCCCUGCCCCUGCUCCGCCCGGCGACCCGGGCCCCGUCCUCCCCCGCGGGAUCGAGGCGGAGUUCAUGGGCUGGGCGGGCGUGCCCCGGCUGUGGCCGGAGUGGGUGGCCAAGCUCCGCCGGCGCCACGAGCCGCUGUGGCGGGAGGUCGGGAUCCUGGGCGGCAUCCUCGCCAGCACGUGCCGGGUGCGCCACCACCACCACGAGCGCGUGCUGCUGCAGCUCGCCGCCUUCUGGUACGGCGCCACCAGCACCUUCGUCUUCCCCUGGGGCGAGGUCACGCUCACCCUCGAGGACGUCGCCACGCUCGCCGGCCUGCCGCUCCUCGGCGACCCAGUACGCGCGCCCGUGUCGGACAGCCUGGAGAAGGACGUGGCCGCGAUCGAGGCCGUCCGGGCGGUGAUGAACCGGAGCAAGAAGAAGAAAUCUUCUUACGGCGCGUGGGUUAAGCGCUUCGUCGAGCGCACGCCGGAGGAGGAGAUGCCGCCGCCCGCGACCGGUGACGGUGGCAGAGACGGCGAGGCGCACCAGCUGGUCGAGCAUGGCGCUUUCCUCUCCAUGUGGCUGUCCCUUUUCGUUCUACCCGGCCCACCGUUCGACGUCGUCCGCCGGGAGAUCAUUCCGCUCGCGGCCCGUCUGGCGCGCGGCGAGAGCGUGGCGCUCGCCCCCGCCGCGCUCGCCACCAUCUACCACGAUCUCUCCGCGCUCAAACGCCACAUAACCUCGGGCGACAAAAACGGACCCUUCGUCAUCUCGGCACCGAUCCACAUCCUCCAGCUCUGGGUCUGGGAGCAUUUCACCCAGCUCCGCCCUGAAACAGUGGGCUCGUCUACUCCUGAUGAUCAUGACAUGCCAAGGGCUGCCCGAUGGCGUGAAGCUGGAAAAAGGCUGAGCUCCAAGGACUUGCACGCAGUGCUCAUGUCACCGAAGGGGUUUGAGUGGAGGCCCUAUAAAAAUAGCAGGUUUUUUGGUCUGCACCCAGGUACAGGUGGUUCUUGGGUCCGCGGUCAGGAUAUAGCAACAAGUGAAGCGCUCUUGUCUUUUGCACGGUGUUUGCACCCUUGUGAGCUCGUGGGCAUGAACUGCAUUGAGCAGUAUAAUCCUCAUCGUGUUGCGAGGCAGCUCGGCUUCGAUCAGGACAUCCCUGGGACGGUUCCCCGUGCAAGCUCAGGUUGGGAGAAAGCAUGGGAGACAUACAACAUAGAGGCCAAGAGUUCUGCUUUUAUCUUUCCAAAUCACAAGCCUGGCGUGACGGUUCAGUAUGCAAAGUGGUGGAAGCCUUACUCAUCAGCAUGCGGUAGUGCCGUUGCUAAUGCUGCAAAGAUCAAAGAAGGCCACGAUCUUGUUAGUCCAGUGAAAAGGAAAAUGGAAGGGGUUCUUGCUGGAAAUUCUGGCAAAAAGGUGCGUCUGCGUGUGGCCACUGCUACCCUGGGCUGCCCGCCCAAUAUACCAGCAGGAAUUAACGUCUACCCGUCCCAGUCCUCAGGCAGCCAUGCUGCAACAAGACGAGCUGCGGCAGCACCAGGGCUUGUUCUCCGCGCGUGUCCACCCCACCUAAGGUUUAAAGCUGUGUCCCCCACAGGGAUGCCUCAGCCACUACGAGAUGCAGCCUACGAUCCGCUUGAUCACGUUUCUCUUUCUGAAAGGCUCGAUGGCAUUACUAAGAUGCCUAAGCAGCACAACACAGAAUGUUUGGUGAAGGAUAGUGAGCAGGAGAGAAUUGUCAAACGUGUGAAGAUUGUUACACCAAAGCCUCCAAGUGCUGGCCCAGAGAAGGCAGUUCUACACAAAGUUGUUGAGCAAGCUUUGCCUGACGCAGUUGCAAGCUCAGCUAUAAUUCAUGACUCGUCUAGUGUAUUUGGUACUGAAAGGCCACAUGCAAGGUGUCUCCAACAAAGUAAAGAUGAAGAUCUUAAUAGUGCCAAUGGGGAAAAUAUUAGCAGAAGAACAGAGCAUUGUGAUGUCGUGCUUCUUAAUGUUGUCCAGGGUGCAGUGAGUACUGUAAAGAGUGAAGCCAUUGGAGCUGGGACUGAAGUUGAUAUGCUUCCAACACAUGAAGACUUAUUGGUGGUCAGUGACGGUGACAGGUGUGAUAAAUCAAGUAGCAUGGGACAUGAGGUGCAUCUGGAAUCUCAUAUGUCGGGAGCAAAAAUGUCCUUUAUAAGAGAGCGAAACGAAGGUACCGAGCUGGUUGAUGCAAGAAACGACGAGGAAGACAGCCAAGUUCUGAAGGAAGCGACAAAACAAGGCAAUUUUGGUGAUACCGUUAAAUUCAAUGACGAUGAGCUUGAUAAACUAACAAGGAAGGAAGCCAGGGUGUUUGUUGAAGCAAUGAGCAACAAAGAUGCGCCGAGUGCCAUGCAUCUGAAAUGUCCUGAGAUGGAACCAACGCGGACCAUCUUACAGGAGUGUAAUGAAGAAAAGCAGAUGGUCAGGGAAACAAAUGAUGAGCACGACAACCCAGUGAUGAAAGAAGGCACGGUGCAAAACAGUUAUGACCGUCAGCUUGCAAGUGUUCUAGAUGGCACGACUCCAAGACAACAGCCAGAUGUAUUAACUCAUGCUGCUACUGUCCAAACCUAUGAUGGUCUCUUAAAAGAACCAGCUAAAGAAAUGGAUACAUGCAUUGUCACAGGGGAUAUCGACAAUACCGACAAGGUGCUCAAUGAAAAAUUUGGUUCUCUGAAUUUCAGUGAGAAGGGAAAUGAAGAUACCUUCGUGUCAAACCAAGGGUUAGAAUAUCCUAUGGAACACUCAGCAGGAGCCAGUAGAAAGAAAUCAGGAAACAGUGAGAGAUUCUCUAGCAGUCUGUUAGAUGGAAAUACUAAACUGGUUAGCCAUGAAGUUUGUACUAAAACACUGUACUAUCUUAGUCGGUUUGACCGGAUGAAAGACGCUUGGGACAAAGAUGCAAAUAGCCUACCAAGGAGGGCUGUUGGUACGAUGGAAAUGAUAGGAAAAGCAUCUGCAAUUCGACAUGCCGAAAUUGCUGAGUUGGACAAAAAGAUUAAUACUCUGAAGGAAGAGAUUCUGGCGCUAGAGGCAGCUGAGAAAGGGAAAUCUCCUGAGUGAAGUAUAACUUGAAACAAUGUAGGAAUAUAUGCGCUAGACUUUCUGAUGGAAUCAGUCUCCUUUGUGAAUUUGUUCUGAUCCAGUCCUGCAAAAAAUGUUGCACUUCAGUCCAAUUAGGCUCAAAUACUUUGCCUUGGAAUGAAUGGACUAGUAAUCGAUGGUAAAAAUCUUUCUUUCUUUUAUGGUCUCCGGUACUCGGAUUUUCUGA